CACGCGCGGCCAGUGAGCCUCGCCACCAGCGGGGGCUCGGAGGAGGAGGACAAAGACGGCGGGGUGCUAUUUCACGUUAACAAGAGCGGCUUCCCCAUCGACAGUCACACCUGGGAGCGUAUGUGGAUGCACGUGGCCAAGGUGCACCCCAAGGGGGGAGAAAUGGUGGGCGCCAUCAGGAACGCUGCCUUCUUGGCAAAGCCUUCAAUACCCCAGGUUCCAAACUACAGACUGUCAAUGACGAUCCCAGACUGGCUGCAGGCAAUCCAGAACUACAUGAAGACACUACAAUACAAUCAUACAGGGACCCAGUUCUUUGAAAUUAGGAAAAUGAGACCGCUGAGUGGGUUAAUGGAAACAGCAAAAGAAAUGACUCGAGAGUCCUUGCCCAUCAAAUGCCUUGAAGCUGUCAUCCUGGGCAUAUACUUAACCAAUGGACAGCCUUCCAUCGAGCGGUUCCCCAUCAGCUUUAAAACCUACUUCUCAGGAAACUACUUUCACCACGUCGUGCUAGGGAUUUACUGCAAUGGCCGCUAUGGCUCGCUGGGCAUGAGCCGAAGGGCUGAGCUGAUGGACAAGCCGCUGACUUUUCGGACUCUGAGUGACCUCAUCUUUGACUUUGAAGACUCCUACAAGAAGUACCUGCACACAGUCAAGAAGGUCAAGAUUGGGCUGUAUGUCCCCCAUGAGCCUCAUAGCUUCCAGCCCAUCGAGUGGAAACAGCUGGUCCUCAAUGUCUCAAAAAUGUUGAGGGCUGACAUAAGGAAGGAGCUGGAGAAAUACGCCAGGGACAUGAGAAUGAAGAUCCUGAAACCUGCAAGUGCCCACUCUCCAACCCAAGUGAGAAGCCGGGGAAAAUCCCUGUCCCCCCGAAGGAGACAGGCAAGCCCCCCAAGACGGCUCGGCAGGCGAGACAAGUCGCCUGCGCUGCCUGAGAAGAAGGUGGCUGAUCUCAGCACUCUGAAUGAAGUGGGCUACCAAAUCCGAAUCUAGGCCAGCCGCGCAGCCAGCAACCGGGCUUCCAUGGUGCUUCUCUCUGCACUUUACCCAGCGUCUUCAGGAGGAACUGCAAUUAUUUAUUAAGAACGUCUGAAUUUUAUUUUUAAAGAUUCACUUGGAAGUAGAAUCUGAGUGGGUGGUAACAAUUAACUUUAAAAAAAUACACGAAGGGACAACCAUGAAAAGGCAAAGUAAUGAACCCGCUGGGGGUGGACUGUCUCCCUCACUGCGGAUGAAAGGAUGAGACCGUAACUGUAGUUUUAUAUUUUCCCAUUUACCUACUUUCUUUCACUUGCUUUGAACAUUAUGCCUCGCCAGUAGUUAAUGUUCAUGAAACCCUCCCUCCCACUUUUGAUAUAGUAAGAUAGCUCAAUCAGUAUUCAUCUUUUUCAGCAAUAACAGAGGCAAAGGUUGGUGGGGUUUUUUUUAAGCCGUCAGUAUUACCUCAGCAUCUUGACAUCAGAUAUGCAAACUUACUGGUGUUUUGGUUUUUUAUAUUCUAUUUGUAUUGUUUCCCCAGUAUUUUCCAUGGGGAUCUCCACAAGGUUUGGAAUUUUUCCUGGUGCACACAUGCAAUGAGAUUUAAGGUAUUAUAUGCAAGUGUUUUACUAAAAAAGCACUGAAAUUCUUCUGGCAAUACGGAAAACCACUUUCAGGAUUUUGGAGUUACUUCUUUCUUAAUCUUUCUUGAAGCACUCACUGAGAGCAGUUUUUGUUCUUUCAAAACAAAACAAACAAAAAAGCACGUUCAGAAGCUAGUCUAUGUUCUGUCACUAACAUUUAAACUUUGCAGACUCCAGCGAAAAGCACAAGAGGUCACGCACUGUUAUAUAAAUUUAGCAGUAUUGGGAUCACCUCUGACAAUAACAUACUCAGAAAGGGAGAAGCCAGGAAUGAAUCAGCAGGUCUUGAGAACCAGAUAACCUUUCUGUUCAGAUUUCACCUGAUUUUUAAACUCUGAAUCAGGCCGUGAUUCUGAAGGACUCACUGUGUUGUUAGAGAUGUGUUCUGAUGUCUUAUAUUAAGACCAAAUGCGGCACGAUGGGAUUACUUUCUAGUACCUCGCUUUUAGGUACCACUUUGUGGAACUGGUAUUGGAAAAUGCAAUGAACUAAGAGAAGCAGAACCUUUUUUUUUUUUUUUAAGUUGGAAAAGUCUUCAAGUACAGUGUUACACCUUAUAGCGUAUUUAGUCUGUGGAGCGUGGAGCGCAGUAUGACUAUCUGGCCUGCAUGUGGCAGUUACAGUGUUAACUCCUGGCUGCAGACCACGCAGAAUAACUAACGGCAUACCAAGUCUAUGUUAUUAACAGCAAGAGUGCACUUCUGUUUCACUUGUUUGAUCGUAGCAAUCGUGCCAACUCAGGAGCCCAAGAGGCACCUUUAAGUGAAGUCUGCAAGUCAACAAAAGUGUUAUUUCAGUCUCCGUGCUUCCCCUCUGGCUUUCUCUGACUGAAGGUGACUUUGGGAAGGGAGUAAAAGAAUAAGAAUCUGCUCAGUGAGAUUCUUUACCUCUGAGAGUGGCAUGGAAAGCAAAAGGACUUUAUCCUUCAGCCAUGUGCACUGGAACUCACUUUACCCUAAAAAUCAAUGUUAUUAAAGAAAAGUACUGUUUCCUUGAAAAAGGAAGUCUAAUGUCCUUUACAGGAAAAGGACCAAGUACGUGUACAUCUCAAUUAGAUUAAAAUACAUCAUAAGUUAAAAACCACUUUAAGAACAGUAUUAUCAGUUAGCAGAGUUUCAGAUGAGUUAUCUUCAUGUAUCUUCACAAACCUAUUUGCAGCCUCACUGCCAUAUGCACUUAGAUGUUUGGUGUAGUCAGUGAGUCAUUUUAUUCUCAUUCUAGAACAAUACUGACUUAGCUCUCUUUCUAGAUGAAAUAUAAGAGAUGUAUCUCCUGUUUAUCAACCUGAAACUUUACUAUAUCCAGUAAGCAGACCACUUGUUACACUGCAGUCAUUCUAAGAGCUUGGAACAGGGUUUUCCAAGUAUUAAGUACUGUCUGAUCUAAAACACAGAGUGUCAGUAGUUGCAAACCUCUUGUUUCCCACCAAAAAGGUGGGAAAAGAACAGGAAUUCAAACUGUUUCUGAUUUGCUGAUGUAUACGCCUUAAAACUGCCAACUGGCUCAAUGAUGCAAUUAGUAACCUGAUUUCCACACUCGCUUCUUGAUUUUAAGAUUCAUUUCCCCAAAGCAAGAGUUAGUCACAGAAACAUGAAAACUAAAAUGCUCUUAGUUGUUAUUCUAGUUUUAUUGCCAAUGGAGUAUGUUAAUUUCUAAAAGAUAUAAGGCACCGAACUCCUAAAUUCUAGUUAAGUAAUAUAAUUGAUAAGGCA